AUGGAUUCUGCAAAGCCUCAAUGUGGCGGUUCGGGAACGGGUGAGGAUUAUCCUCUUGCCUUGCAUGUCGGAGGUCUCUUUGCCGUAUUUACUGUCUCUGCUUUCGGCGCUGGUUUCCCCGUCGCUGCCAAGAGAAUAAAGUGGCUCAAAAUGCCUCCCAAGGUCUUCUUUGCUUGCAAGCAUUUCGGUACUGGAGUUUUGAUCGCUACUGCUUUCGUUCAUUUGCUCCCUACAGCUUUCGGCAGUCUCACUGAUCCUUGUCUCCCCGACCUCUUCACCGAAAUCUACCCCGCCAUGCCUGGUGUCAUCAUGAUGGCCGCCAUGUUCCUCCUCUUCAUGGUCGAGCUCUACCUCAACGCAAAGACAGGCGGCCACUCUCACGGCGGUCCAACCGGCACUACAGUCACCGUCGUCCAGCCUCCUCCUCCUCGACCUCAGCGCCCGUUCCCCGAGACCGCCAACUUCAACCAUUCUCACACUCGCAACGACUCCAACGUUUCUGACGACUACGACGAUGUUGAAUAUGAGAAAGCCAUGGCUCGCGAGCUGUACGAGAAGGAGAACAAGCCUCAUGCCUACUCUUACGAGCAGGACAGCAACUCUUCCAUGCCUGCUUGGUUCGUCGUCUUCUACGAGCAAUACGUUCGACAGCGCUCUGAGAUGAUGGACAUGAUCAAGUCAACUCAAUACUCCAACCAAGCCGUCAUCGAUGACAAGCCUAGUCCCGAAGUCAGCCAGUCCUUCUUUGAUGAGGAGGGUCAGACAAUUGAUCAGGCUACCUACAAGCGCAUGUCGAUGAACAUCACCCUUCUCGAGGGAGGUAUCCUCUUCCACUCUGUCUUCGUCGGAAUGACAAUCGCCAUGACGACUGACGGUCUCAUCGUACUUCUCACUGCCAUCAUGUUCCAUCAGAUGUUUGAGGGUCUCGGUCUCGGAGCUCGUAUCGCUGCUGUGCCUUAUCCCCGCGGAAGCUUCCGACCUUGGCUUCUUGUGCUGGCUUUCGGUUCUACUGCACCCAUCGGUCAGGCUAUCGGAAUCGCUAGCCGAAACUCUUACGACCCCGAGAGUGCACUCGGUCUAAUCAUGGUUGGAGUCUUCAACUCUAUCUCUUCUGGUCUUCUCAUCUACGCUGCUCUGGUCAACCUCCUGGUUGAGGACUUCCUUUCCGAGGAAGCCCAGCACUUCAUGAAGAAGAAGGACAAGAUCGCCGCUCUCUGCUGGAUCGGCCUCGGCGCCUUUGGAAUGUCUGUUGUCGGUGCUUUCGCUUAGACUUCACAAGUGUUUGAAAACAAUAGACAUGAAACCACGCGACGGAAAAGACGCGACUCGGGAUAUGUUAU